CGCGCGCAGGUUAUGGGUGUGCUCGGGCGAAGUGUUUCCUCCGGACCUCCUGAAUGCCUUCUUCGCCGCCUUCUCCGACGGUCAGACAAUCUGCAACUUCUAUGGAUCAACAGAAGUCCUUGGAGAUGUCACAGCCAUUCAGUUUCAAAGUAUUGAAGACUCAGUCAAUGGAAUGGUUGACAAGAAAGUGCCCAUUGGUUUCCCCAUCGCAAAUUGCCGAAUCUACCUCCUAAACGGUGAGGGCAACCCAGUUUCAGAGGGACACAUUGGGGAAAUUUUCGCAGCAGGUCUUAAUCUCGCCAGUGGAUACGUGGGUGGGGCUCAGCAGGACAAAUUUGUCAGCAACACACUCUCGCAAGAUCCAGGUGAAUGUGAUUACAGGGUGCUGUAUCGUACGGGUGACUUCGGGCGGGUGGUGGGUGGCAAAUUAUUUUUAAAGAGGGACGCACUGACUCACAGGUCAAGGUCAGAGGAAACUGGAGGAAGUUGA